CAGGAAUGUUUGGAAGCAUGAUGGGAAGGCAGAUGGUCUCUUCAUAAGGGACGUCUGGUCCAGAUGGCCAGUGUGUGUGUGAGUGUGCAUUGCGGUGGACCAGUGACUUACACACUGAUCCUGCAACACGCAAACACUGAAGUGCGAAAUAGUCAAAUGAGUAACUGAACACAAAUCUUUUGAUGUGCUCUUCUCACUCUGCAUGUGCUGAUAUCUCGACUCGGUCUUGUGGUCUAGACAGGAAGGCCCUUGUUCACUAGUGUUUCACCACUGGAUAUUUCUGCAUCUGCUCUGGACCUGCAAGAUAAAGCAGCCAGUGAAACAGCUAAAGGACAAACUAAAACAUCAACGUAUUUACAUCCAGGCAGGAUGAGUGGCACAGGGUUAGCUCUUCUCUGUCUGAUGGGCCCCCUGCUGGUUUGGGGCCAGAAUGACACGGAGCCCAUCGUGCUGGAAGGGAAGUGUUUAGUCGUUUGCGACUCCACUCCGACCACAGAACCCGCCGGGAACGCCUUGGGAAUGUCGGUGCGCUCCGGGAGCGGCCGCAUCGCUUUCUCGGCUGUGCGGAACAACAACCACGAACCAUCUGAGAUGAGCAACCGCACCAUGACCAUAUACUUCGACCAGGUUCUGGUGAACGUUGGGAGUCAUUUUGAUCCGGCACGGAGUGUUUUCGUGGCUCCUAGAAAAGGAGUGUACAGCUUCAGUUUCCAUGUGGUCAAAGUUUAUAACAGACAAACUAUACACGUGAGUCUGGUGUUGAACGGGUGGCCGGUGAUCUCUGCUUUCGCCGGCGAUCAGGAUGUGACGCGUGAGGCAGCGACCAAUGCCGGUCUGGUUACGAUGGAGAGAGGAGACAAAGCUUACCUCAAACUGGAAAGAGGAAACCUGAUGGGCGGCUGGAAAUUCUCCACUUUCUCCGGAUUCCUGGUCUUUCCCUUAUAGAAAGAAGUUCAUGUAGAAAACAGAGACAGAGCACAUUUUGCAGAAAGACAUGUUCAGACAAGGAUGAAUCCUCUGUUCGUGUACUUACACAUGCGGCUGGGCUCCUUCCUCUGCAUCUUUUCUUUAUGCAUGAACCUGCUUGUUGAGGUCAGAGAUGCACGUUCUAUGGCACUUUUUACUAACAAGAUACAAAAUGGAGUAUAAAAAUGUUUCUUUUUUAACAAAUAUUCUGUGCAGGGUGCUAAACCUACAGAUUGUGUUAAUCAUCAACUUCGGGACAUCAAAUUACAUUUAUAAAAGUUUUUUUUUUAUUUAAUUUCAAUAAACUAACUAACUUUGUAGGAGAAAUAAGGACAAUAAAGCGAAACUGCUGCAGGUUGCACACAAUAAUUCCAGAUAAAUAUUACAUUUUGAUUAGUGAUUAAACAUUACUUACAAAUAUUUUUACUGUUACAAAUCAUCAGCAGAUUGUCACAAAGGCGGCAUUGAUUUUAAUUGUUUGAUGCAGGCAAGAAAGUCGUGACGGCUGGACAGAACAAAAAUCAUAAAUUGAUGUUUAAGACAAA